AUGUACUUCAAAAUACUUUUCGGCGGCUGCUUUGCGAUGGUCAUUGUCAUGUUCUCCGUAUUCUCGAUAUAUUGGGGCGCUCUGUGGAAGAUACCGGAUCAUAAUUUGCGAGGAUGGGUCGUUGAUUUUGAUGGGUCCGCAGUGGGGACCGCGGUAGUGCAGGGCCUCACAGCGAGUUCGUCGUCGAGUAAAGUGACAUUCACGCAGGUCUCUGCGAGUGAGUUUCCUGGUGGAUGGGAGGAGGUGGCGAAUAGGGUGGUAGAGCAGAAGGCUUGGGUAGCUGUUGUUGUCCAGUCAAACGCGACCGGCGCGUUAAACGCAGCUGUGUCAUCUGUGAACUCUUCUUAUGACGGCACGGAGGCGAUAACAUUCUAUGGUGUAGAGGCGAGGAACGAGAAUGCGUACCGUUCACUGAUACGGCCGUCUGUCCAAGCCCUUCUCAUAGCUAUAUGCCAGGAAUAUGCUCAACAAUUCGUGUCACAAAUAGCCUCGUCUUCGUCACUAUCUUCUAUAGCCAGUUCGGCGCCACAGAUUUUAACAGAGCCCAUAAGCUAUACAACGGACAACCUCGUUCCAUUCGAUAUCCCAGUUGCUAGCGCCAUCACAUUCGUGGGUCUAAUCUACCUAUUGAUUCUAUCAUUCUUCAUCGUGAUGAUUGGAGCCUCUGCGCGAGAAAUAUCUGGCCUCGAAAGAAAAUUAACCACUGUUUCCCUCAUUCGGGUUCGACUUAUCUCGGUGUUCAUUGCGUACUUUAUGAUCUCUUUAUUCUACUCUCUUCUGAGCCGAGCCUUCCAAGUCAACUUCUCGCGCAAAUUCGGUGAUGCAGGCUUUGUCAUUUUCUGGAUGGUCAAUUUCGUCGGUAUGCUCUCGGUGGGACUCGCUCUCGAAGCGAUGAUAACGCUCCUUACGGUUCGAUUCGUGCCGUUCUUCAUGAUUCUGUGGAUUAUUUCUAAUGUAUCUGUAUCCUUCAUGCCACUCGAUGUGCUCCCAAAUAUCUAUCGAUAUGGAUACGCAAUGCCUUUCUACAAUGUCUCUGGUGCUGUACGGACCAUCUUAUUUGGGACGAAGAACGAACUGGGACUACACUUUGGUGUCCUUAUCGCGUGGACAGUAGUUUCGCUAAUCACGCUUCCGACAUUCCAGUGGUUUAUGCGAAGGAAGAAUGUGCCGGAGACAACUGGGUUGAUCGAGGAAGGGGAGAAGGGGGCAGGACAUUAG